AUGGGUAUACCUAUGCAAAUAUUUCAGGGCGGGGACAAGGUGCUAUUAUGCGACCGGAGAAAACAGAACGUAUGUGAUGAACGUCCGGGUCAGUAUGGUUGUUUCACGGUAAAUAAUGAUUAUCCAAAUUUGACAGAAAUGAUAAAGGAACAUAUAUACCGACUCGUCUUGAAUAGCUUCGAAGGGAAUAGCGAGGAUGUUGGAAACUUGUCCGAAGAUGAAGAUCAAGAAGAAGGUGAAGACAAUCUUCGCAGUAGUUGUGGGUUGGAAUUUGUACGAAUUAAUGAUUACUUUUCUACCCAUGAUUUGCAAAGUUUUGAAAGUUUUAGAAAUUUUGAUAGAAAGUACUGGAUUUUUUAUUCUGAUCAAGCAGACGACAAGAGGUUACUGCUAUAUGAUUUUAUUGACCAGCAUUUCAUUUUCAUCAAACAACAAUUCCACGGUCAGUUGAAUUUGUUGCUAUCAGGUAAAAUAAUAUGUAUGGACUGCAACUAUGAUUGUAGUUCAGAUACAGUUCAAAUCUUAAUUGGUUUUCAGAAUGGAAAGCUAUUGAAGCUUUGUUGCGACUUGAACGGAAACGUUAAUAAUCACUUGCUUUUGAAGGAUUCUUCAACUCACACUCCUCGAAAUGAAAAACAUUGGUCAAUUUUGAAUGUUUGGGCAGGUUUGUUGCCUCACUUCGUUGUUUCUUUUAGUUUGAAAGACGGGUUGCUAAUAACUUCUUUGGAUCACCAACAAAAUAGCGGAAAUUUUGAAAGCUUCAAAACAAAUCUUGAUUUGCCCAGAGGUCUAGAUACGACUGCAAACAUCAAGUCUGUUUUGAAUUUCCCUCAAUUUACCUUAUACAGGGGAAAUGAUUUGAUUUUUCACUGCAAGAAUUUCUUGGAACCUAAUGAUCCCAUGCUGAAUAGCGAAAUAAGUCUCAUGCUCAAAAUGGAUGAAUCCAUCCAGAAAAUUGACUACCUUUUGACAACGAACCAUAUUCUACUUGAAACAAACGUAAGAUACCUAUCAAUUCCAAUACGAGCCCCAAUAGAUAAUUCAACUUCUGCCGUUUCCACUGCGGACAAUAAUAAUAUUUAUCCAAUCUUUUACAAAACGCAAGAGCUUCACGUUUAUGCUUCAAGAACAAAGCGUCAGAUAGCAAACAACGGAAAGUAUAUUUUUAUAACCGAGGAGCAUCUCUACGGGACUGCACUAUCGGUAUACAAAUACUCUAGUUCUUUCGAGCGUUGGUUGUUCGUGGGCUAUUUAGACAUCAGGGCUAAGUAUGGCAUAAGAAGUGUAAAAGACCUUUUCGCUAGUAACAGCCCCUCUGUCAAUAGUCCUGUAGUGACAAUCCUCACUGAGGACAAUAAUAUUCAAACGAUUCUUCUCAAAUAA